CCGUCGCCGCUGCUGGGGCAGGCAUUGUUCGAUACACCGACGUCUCUCGUACAGGUAGAUGCACCUUGAAUUGGCGUACCAUACUUGACUCGGUAUCCCAACUCCACGAUGGGUAAGGUAGACAAGUAGGAAAGACGACCGGUUGCGCCACCGCACUACUGCAAUCCGUUCGAAGAAGGGGGAGAGACGGGAAGACGGGGGAAGGAAAGAAAAAAAAAAACACAGGAGACUGACUGACUGGACUGGCAUGUAAGCAUUGCAUCCUGCAUAUGGGACACUCCCGGAUCUCCGUAUUAUCUCUUUCACCGCCCUCAUCCCUCGUCCCUCGUCUUGGGCGUUCGGCCGGGUCUGUCGUAACCACCCAGCCAUCUGAGAUCUGCUCAACCCUCAAACCCUCCCUGAACCUGCGGCUCCGUCCAUCGGACGGGAACAAGCUGCCUUCCCUUGCUUUCGCCACUCUUGUCUUUCCCCUCGCUCUCGGAUCUGGCGAUGCUAUAGGAGAGGGUGGUGGGGGAGAAGUUCGCUCGAACGGGCUGGCGGAAAGAGAAAGACGCAAAAGAGAGACGGCAGCAGGAGGCGGAAAGCCAACCAGACCAGCUAACAACAAGCCCAGAGAGGCCGCAGGGAAUUCGCAUCAGACUUGCCAAACCCCGCCGGCCCAGGUCCAUUCGUCUAGGCAAGUCUCUGGCUGCCAGAUAGUCAAAGAGUGGGUUCUUGGAUGUCGCCUUGCCCGAGACCUGCAACCCUACGCACCUCCACAUAUCACUCGUUGUCCCAUCUCGAGCCAACCAGGCCUCUCGAAGAGUGAGGCUAACGCCAGCUUAGCUGCUGCUGCGUCUGCUUGUUGUUGCUGCGUCUCGGACGACACCAAUCUAAUGUUCAUUUCCAGAGGGGGGAGAACCUGCGUGUCGUCUGUUGAUUGUCGUGGCGUACCCGCGAUCAAGCUCGACUUCUCCUGCUGCCUAUACCUACCUCCUGCUACCUAUCUACCUAUCUAUCUACCUACCUACCUACCUACCUGCUUGCCUACCUACCUACCUUACCUAUCUAACCUACCGUCUAUACCUGCACCUACACCUAUACCUGCUUGCGCUUAGGGGCUCUGCUGUGAGAUAUACGCCCGGGUCGCCGUGAUGGUUCUCGAUUUCUCCCCUUGACAGCAGACACUUUUUCUCGGCCACGUUUCC